GCUGGGUUUGGUGUUUGAAAGAUGGUGAGUUGUUUGGUGAGUUAUGCUCCAAAUAAUCAAUCACGAAAUUAAGGAAAACGCUGUGUGUGUCGUUUCAUAAAGUAUGGAAACACAGUUUGUAUUUUUCUUUAACAAAGAUACAAACUUUUUCUGAAUACACUAACGGAGAAUGAUCCUUCAUCAAAUUUCGUGAUUCCCGAGACCCAAUUUUCCAAAUCAAUUCCCAAAAGUGUAAGCAUUAACUAAGAAAUCGCCACUCAAAGAGAAUCUGCAACUUCUCCUCUCAACCCUUUCAUCAUUUUCCAAUCUUCUGUCCAAAUAUCGGUACACACCACACUCUUCAAUCAGUCAGCUAUAAGCGGAAGCCAUUUUAUAUAUUUUUUUUCCAUUUACUUAGCUUCGUCUUCGGAGAUUUGAGGCUUUUUCAGCAUUUUCGAAUCCAGUUUCACUUGGGGAGGGUUUUGAAGAAUAGUUUGGGUACCCAGAAUGGAGAGCAGCGAAGAGGAAGAUGAUUUUCCGUCUAUCGAGAGCAUCAUUCCGCAGUCUAAGGUUGAUUCUCUCUACCAAUCCCACACUGAACAGGGAAUUAGAAGACUAUGCUGUGAACUCAUGGAUUUGAAGGAUGCGGUGGAGAACUUAUGUGGCAAUAUGAAGACCAAGUAUCUGGCUUUUCUAAGGAUAUCUGAAGAGGCUGUGGAGAUGGAACAUGAGUUGGCUGAGCUGCGAAAACAUAUUUCAUCCCAAAGGAUUCUAGUGCAGGAUCUAAUCACGGGUGUAUGUCAUGAGUUAGAACAGUGGAACCAAUCAGAUGACACUGAUGAAUUUAAGGAUGGUGCAAAGAGUUAUGACCCUCAAAACUCUUUGUCAAAAUUGGAAGAUGGUCAUGAUAUGGCAUUUCUUGAGAAUAUUGACAUCCUUUUAGCUGAGCAUAAAACUGAAGAAGCACUGGAGGCUUUAGAUGCAGAAGAGAGAAAUUCUCCGGAGCUCAAACCUACUGGGGAAGUUUCAUCUGAAGUGUCCUUGUACAAAUCUGCAUUCUUGAAACGCAAAGCUAUGCUGGAGGAACAGUUGAUUGAAAUUGCCGAACAACCUUUUGUAGACCCUCUUGAGCUUAGAAAGGGCUUAACUGGUUUAUUAAGACUCGGUAAAGGUUCUUUGGCUCAUCAAUUACUGCUCAAGUCAUUUGGAUCUCGUCUUCAAAGGAGCACCUCUGCUUUUCUUCCUUCAUGUGCUGCUUGCCCGAAGACAUUUUCAGUUACUUUGAGUAAACUUGUAUUUUCUGCAAUUUCGUUGGCAACAAAAGAAUCUGCUUCAAUUUUUGGUGACGAUCCUAUUUACACGAAUAGAGUUGUUCAGUGGGCUGAAUGGGAAAUUGAAUUCUUUGUACGGUUGGUGAAAGAGAAUGCACCAUCUUCUGAGAUAGUGUCUGCUCUGCGUGCAGCUAGCAUAUGCAUACAUGCUAGUCUUAAUUACUGUUCAUUAUUGGAAACACAAGGCUUGAAACUGUCAAAACUACUUUUGGUGCUUUUGCGGCCUUUUAUGGAAGAAGUUCUGGAGUUGAACUUCCGAAGAGCUAGAAGAGGCAUUCUUGACUUGGCUGAACCUGAUGACAACUUUGUACUAUCAUCUCGCUUUGCAUCGUCAUUGUCUCCAUUUUUGACAUCCUCAGAUAGUCUGCUUGUGGUUAGUGGGAUGAAGUUCAUGCACAUUGUUGAUGAAAUAUUGGAACAGCUGACAUCAUCAGCAAUUUUUCAUUUUGGAGGCAACGUCUUAAAUAGAAUUUCUCAGUUAUUUGAUAAAUACAUGGAUGCCCUACGCAAAACACUACCAGGCCCCUCGGAUGAUGAAAAUCUUACAGAAUUGAAAGAAGCUACACCCUUUAGAGUUGAAACUGAUUCCGAAAAAUUAGCAAUUCUCGGCAUAGCAUUUACCAUUAUGGAUGAGCUUUUACCUGAUGCUGUGAUGACCAUCUGGAAACGGCAGGAUGAAUUAGUCCAGAAGAACGAAUCUACUGAAACUGCCGUCUACAAUUCUGGAAGUUCUGUUGAACUGAAAGAUUGGAAGCGCCAUCUUCAAGUAUCAUUUGACAAGCUUAGAGAUCACUUCUGCCUGCAAUAUGUGUUGAGUUUCAUAUAUUCAAGAGAAGGCAAAACAAGAUUAGAUGCAUGGAUUUAUAUAACUGGGGAUGGAGAGGAUCUUCAUUGGGGUUCUGAUCCUCGUCCAUCACUUCCAUUUCAGGCCCUAUUUGCAAAAUUGCAACAAUUAGCAACUGUUGCAGGAGAUGUCUUGCUUGGGAAAGAGAAAAUACAAAAAAUUUUGCUUGCUAGGCUGACAGAGACCUUCCUUAUCUGGUUGUCUGAUGACCAGGAGUUUUGGGGCGUUUUUGAAGAUAAUUCAGUUGAUCUCCUGCCUUUCGGUUUGCAGCAGUUAAUUCUUGAUAUGCACUUCACUGUUGAAAUAGCACGUUUUGCUGGCUACCCGUCUCGCCAAAUCCAUCAGAUUGCGUCUGCCAUUAUUGCUCGUGCAAUCAGGACAUUUUCUGCUAGAGGCAUUGAUCCACAAAGUGCACUUCCUGAGGAUGAAUGGUUUGUUGAAACUGCCAAGUCUGCAAUCAACAAACUUCUAGGAGCUGAUGGGUCUGAUGGUUCCGAGAUCGAUGAUGAUCACAUUAUUCUACAUGACGACGACGUCUCGGAUUCAGAUGAUACUACAUCCUCUCUUUCAACACUGGAAUCUACAGAGUCUUUUGCCUCUGCAAGUAUGGGAGAACUCGAGAGUCCAUCUGAUCUCACCGAUUCUGAGAACUAGUUUAAAAAAGAUGGAACAGAAAAGCUGGGCCUUGCAUGUAUAGCAAUUAUCAACCUUCAGAAAUCGCUUUCGAUAAAGUCCUGAUCCAGAUUUUGAGCUAUGAGAUUGUAGAAUACAAGGCUUGUAGUAGUGUUAAUUGUAGAUUUGGUGUAGCUUAUGCUUAAUGCUGUGAUUAAUAAACUAUUAAUGUAUUUCAUGCUGUAUUAAUCAAUGAUCACAUCUUUCCCAGAAACGAAAAGGAUGAUCGUCCACAGUUCUCAUAUAUGCUUGAAUGAUAGGUCAAGCAUAUCAUAAUUUAACAUAGUUUGUAGUUUUUUUUGUUUAUUGAAGUUGUAGUGGAUGGAGUUUACAUGUUUUCAUAA